AAAAGAAGGAGGAGUUGCACCCGCCUUCCUCAUUCUGACUUCAUGCAAUUCUAAAAUGGUCAUAGUGGAAUGAAGCUGAACAGUUGGUGUGAUCCCAGGCGAGGACUGCAGCUGAUUUAAGAAACCUGGUGACAGCGGAGUUCGGUUCUGGUGAGAUGCAGUAACAUCACUAAUUGGACGUGCAGUGCAGACCAUCAUAAAAAGGAUUCCUGUGCCACGAUCAACGAAUGAACGACCCAGAGGUCUUUUCCACAUAUUCAAACAAACCAAAUCUAAAGAGACCAGCGAUUUGAAAGGCCUUUCUCUGGACUGCAACAAGAAAAAAUGUCCCGUCUAACUUAUCAGUUCUUGUCAGUUGCCCUUAUUCUUGGUGCUGCUCAACUCAUCAGAAGUUACAGCUAUGACAACUGCAUUGAAAAACCGUACUCAAAGGGAAAAAUCUUCAACUGCAUCCAUCGAAAGGGAAACCUAUCUGCUAUUAUAAGUGAUCUGCCGUCAUCUGUCACCAAUCUCACCAUCUCACUUGAUCCAGUAGUGCACAUUCUCAACUACAGCUUUGAUCAUCUAACUGAACUUCAGAACCUCAGAUUAGAUCAUAACCUCUUGAGGAGCAUCGAUCAAUUUGCUUUCCAUAACUUGCAUCAACUUCACUCCCUAAAUUUGUCUUUUAACAACAUAUCCCAGCUGAACCCUAGAGCGUUUCGGGGGCUUCACAACCUCACCUUUCUCUCUCUGACCCACAAUAAAUUAAAGCAGCUUCCUGAGAGAAUUUUCUCUACCAAUCUCAAUCUAACCAAGUUAAUCAUGAGGGAAAACCUUCUGACAAAUUUCUCUGGGAUUGUCGAGUCUGUGUCACAUCUGACGAAUCUAAAGACACUAGACCUCUGCGUUAACAGUUUGACCUCCCUUAGCCACUCAAAUGUGUCACUACCCACAUCCCUCACUGUUUUGUAUUUGUGUAGAAAUAAUUUGUCCACGUUAGGAUGUGAGAGUUCAUUUCUCAGGUUCAUUAACGUUCUAGACUUGUCGAACAAUUCUAUGCUCCAAACGAUGGCUUUUCAAGGAGUGAAUUUGAAACGUGUGAACUAUUUGCGUUUGCGUUCAACGAGUGUCAAGGUAGUGGAGUUUUUAAACAUCAGUAACAUUGAUGCAAGACGGGUUGAUUUCUCUGGCACAGGUCUACAAAAUGACAGCCUGCUCACAGAGCUAUGCAGAUUGUUAAAAAGAAAAGUGGAACAGAUAAAAGAUUUGCAGCUGGGUUUUAAUGGGAUUACGACUCUUACCAGCUACACACUGUACUAUUGUCCUCAGAUCACAAGGUCUCUGGAUCUAUCCCGCAAUCGCCUGCACAAAAGCACAAAUUGCCUUACAUUCCUCCAUAGACAUACACAGAUAAAGAGCCUAACUAUGGAGCAUAACCUUCUCACCUCCCUCCAAUCCUGUAACAAUACAAACAAUGUACAUUUCAAAGAUCUAGAAUCACUGAGCUAUCGUUACAACCGCAUCCUCUCAGUGAAUGCUUUAGCUUUCUAUCAUUUACCAAAUAUCAAGACGCUACUCCUUAACAUAAACACAAUUGCUUUUCUCCAUCAGAAGGCUCUCACAGGGCUGAGAAGGCUUGAGGAACUCCGCUUGGACAACAACCUCUUAACGGAUUUGUUCAAGGAUAACUUUAAAGAUAAUGUCAAUCUGAAAAUCCUUAACCUACGCAACAAUCGUAUUUCUGUCAUCUUCAAUGAGACCUUCUGUACGCUCAGCAACCUGACUACAUUGGACCUUGGAGGUAAUAAGAUCGCUCAUAUACGGCCGUCAGGUUUUGAUGGACUAAUAAGUCUGUCCAAACUCUAUCUAGAUGGAAACAACCUCAAACACAUUGACACGUCCCUGUAUCAUAUAUUUCAAGAUACACUCACAGUGCUGGAUCUACAAAAUAAUCAGUUUAGUUUUCUCACUGAAACUACGGAGUCACCAUUUAAGAAUCUCAUCAAACUCAGUGAUCUGAAGUUGGACAGGCAGCGGCCUCAUGGCAUGACUAUUUUACCCCAUGCUUAUUUCCGUGGCCUCCACUCAUUGAGAUCACUGUAUCUCACCAACAAUAAUCUCAAUAAUCUUGCCCCUGAUGCGUUUGAUGAUCUGAAAGGCUUGCGUUUCCUCAACCUGGAGAGCUGCUGCGUCGGGGUGGUAAAACUGCAACCAGGAAUCUUCAAAAAUCUGAGAAAUUUGACCAAAUUGAUUGUAGAAAAUAUGGGCAUUCAGAACUUCUCAAAGGAGGUUUUUGGGAAUCUUACACAGUUACACGUGUUGCAGAUGAACCGCAAUGUGAUGCAGAGUAUUCCUGUUGAUGCACUUCAAAGUCUACCUAAACUCAACUACCUUGACAUACGUAGUAUUCCUUUAAGCUGCACCUGCAAGAACAGCUUGCUGCAAAACUGGCUACAAAAUAACUCAAAUGUCCAGAUAGUCUAUCUCCACAGUCUGAAAUGCCAGAAUGAACCAUCAAUUAAAUUCUACAACUUUGAUACUAAAGUUUGCUACAUAGAUCUAGGUGAGUACCUGUUCUUGAGCACAGCAGCUGUGGUCUUCCUGUUAACAGUCUGUCCCUUACUUUAUGUAAAACUCUAUUGGAAAUUUAAGUACAGCUACUAUGUUUUCCGUUCCUGGUUUAGUGAGCAGUGGCGCAGACUCAGGGAGAAGGAGGAUAACUGCAAAUAUGAUGCAUUUAUUUCCUACAAUUCCUCUGAUGAACAGUGGGUCAUGGAUCAGUUAGUGCCUAACCUGGAGGGAAAUGGAUCAUCUUUUAAACUUUGCCUACAUCACAGGGACUUUGAACUGGGCCGUGACAUCGUGGACAACAUUGUCUCUGCUGUUUACAGCAGCCGGAAAACUAUUUGUGUGGUGAGCAGGAAUUUCCUACAAAGUGAGUGGUGUUCUCUGGAAAUCCAGCUCGCCAGCUACCGACUCUUCGAUGAGCACCGAGAUGUUCUUCUGCUCGUGUUUCUGGAGCCGAUCUCUGAGAGGCAGUUGUCGUCCUAUCACCGCAUGAGGAAAGUCAUGCUAAAAAAGACUUAUCUGCAGUGGCCGGGCUCAAACUGCACUGAUCCAAUGCAGGCCCAAGAACUGUUCUGGAACCAGCUACGUAGGGGGAUGAGAAUGGAGAGCAGGCUCGAAACAGAAGACAGCACCAGAAGUGAUGAUGAAAUGGAUCAUUUAGAGACAUCUGAUGAGAACUAUUACUUGCAACCUUAAAAAAAAAAAAUUAAGUGAUAAACCCUUCAGCAUUUUAAACGAAUAAUUAAAUUAGGCUGUAGGGAGAGGGUCAUGUAAAUAUCUUAAUGUACAGUGUGAUGCAUUGUAUGAUCAACAAAAACAUAAUUUAUAUGAAAAUGAAUCAGCAUUCAUUUAAUAUCUGGUGAUCGGAAUUUUUAUUUUAUUUUGUAUAUUUGAUGUUUGGCAUUCCUCUAUUGUACAAUUGCACAAUGUGUUUCUUGCAUGUUAAUGCAGCCCCCACACAAAAAGAAUAACUGACUAACUAUUAUAAUAGCACAGCCUUUGCAAAACAUAUUCCUCUGUACAGAAUUUCCCAUUAUAGCACGUGUUAAUUAAAGUGUGUUCUGUAAAUUAAAACAAUGCUCUAGAGAUACAGACUCCUAAUUGUGUUUUUCUUUAUCUGUUAAACAAGACAAAUUAAUAAAAGAGGAAACUUGA